UGUAGCGUUGCCCUAAAUAUAAUUCAAACGGAACAUCAACGCAACACCCUAAGCAAACCUGCUUUGCUACAUACUGGUAAACCCAGUUCGAGUAUUGUCUUGAAGGUCCAUUGAUGAAGGCUUCGCUGAGAUCUUUCCUUAAACUUGGAGGUGCAAGGGGUUUUGCGGCAGCGAAUGCGCAAGGUCUCAAGAUUAAAGGGGUAGAAGACAUCAUCGCCGUUGCUUCUGGUAAAGGCGGCGUUGGCAAGUCCACCACUGCUGUUAAUUUGGCUGUGGCACUUGCCAAUAAGUGUCGACUUAAGGUUGGGUUGCUUGAUGCUGAUGUGUAUGGACCAUCUAUUCCUACUAUGAUGAAACUCCAUGGAAAACCUGAAGUGAGUGAAGAUAAGAAAAUGAUUCCAAUUGAAAACCAUGGAGUAAAGUGUAUGUCGAUGGGGUUUCUUUUGGCGGAAAAAUAUGCCCCAAUUGUGUGGAGAGGGCCAAUGGUGAUGAAAGCUCUUGAACAGAUGUCUAGGGGAGUUGAGUGGGGAAACCUUGAUAUUCUUGUGGUGGAUAUGCCCCCUGGGACUGGUGAUGCUCAGAUAUCUAUUUCUCAGAGGCUGCAACUAUCAGGUGCUUUGAUUGUUUCAACUCCUCAAGAUGUUGCAUUAAUGGACGCUCGAAGGGGAGUUAAUAUGUUCUCUAAAGUCGAAGUUCCUAUUCUGGGACUCCUAGAGAACAUGAGCUUCUUUAAGUGUCCACACUGUGGUGAACCUUCGCAUAUUUUUGGGAAAGGAGGAGCUCGUAAAACAGCUGAUGAAAUGGGCUUGCAAUUUCUUGGUGAGAUACCAUUGGAGGUGGAGAUCAGAAGUUGUUCUGAUGAAGGUGUUCCUGUAGUAAUAUCAAAUCCAGAUUCUACCGUCUCCAAAGCAUACGGUGAUGUGGCUCUAAAAGUUGUAAGCAGACUUGAAGAACUGUCCAAGCAACAACAACUCCGACCAGAGAUAAACUUGUAAAGCUACACGAAAAUAUAGGGUUUAGGGUUUAGAUUCCUGGAUUCUAUGUGAGCCUCAACCGUCAGAUCUGAUCCAUUGCCGGCUGUUAAUGUUUGCAGGCAGCUUCCUUGCAGAAGGUUGGUCAUCAAAGCAAAGGAGACAAACUUAGUGUGAUAAAUCCCAUCAGCUGAUGCAUUGAUCAACUCCAAAUUUUGUUUACUCAGAUCCUCCAUUAGAGGAAGAAUACUUUAUGAAACAACACAGGAGAUCAAGAUUUUCUUUGCAUACAAAAUUUCACAAUUAUUACUUGUAAUUUGUAAGUUAUGACCUUUUGAUUGAAUUUCUCAUCCAACUUUUGCUUCUAAUUUGUUCUUCAUAUAAUAUACUGAUAUAUAUAAAUACACCAACUCUAGAUACCA